AGUUACGUCAGAGAGUAGAACUUGUCUUUUUGGCAAGAUGGCUACUGAACCAAAUAAGACUGAAAUCCUUACCAUUUUUAAACGAUUAAGAUCUAUUCCCACAAACAAGGCAUGUUUUGACUGUGCAGCAAAAAACCCAAGUUGGGCCAGUAUUACAUAUGGAGUGUUCUUAUGCAUCGACUGCUCUGGAAUCCACCGUUCCCUGGGAGUGCACCUCAGUUUCAUCAGAUCUACAGAGUUGGAUUCCAACUGGAACUGGUUUCAGCUAAGAUGUAUGCAGGUUGGUGGCAAUGCCAAUUCGACUGUCUUCUUUCGGCAACAUGGGUGUGCAACAAAUGAUACCAAUGCCAAGUACAACAGCCGGGCUGCCCAGAUGUACCGGGAGAAGAUUAGACAGCAAGCCAAUUCUGCAUUGGCCAAAUAUGGAACCGAUUUGUGGAUAGAUACUUCUGGAGGAGUGGUUGCAAGUGUUGCCCCGGAGAAAAAAGCAGCUGACUUCUUUGCAGAGCAUACGCAGGCUGCAAACGACUGGUCCAUGGCAUUCCCAUCGCUUUCAGAGCAUAAUGGAGCCACGGUCACUCCCCAGCUCAUGGAUACAAUUGCCAAGACACAGGAGCCCAUCAAACAACUGGAAGAAGGCCCAAGCAUUGAUGGACUGGGUUCAUCCCCUAAAGCUGCCAUUGAAGCAUCCAUGCGCUUGUCCUCAGACGAGUCAUGGGACCUGGCAGAUGUCAAACCGUCCCUCAUUGGAAAGAAAAAGCCCAUGACAACUAAAAAGGGGCUGGGGGCCAAGAAAGGCCUGGGUGCCCAGAAGGUGAGCAGCAAGAGCUUCUCGGAGGUGGAGAAGCAGGCGCAGGUGGCGGAAAAGAUGAGGGAGGAACAGCUGGCCGAGGCCAAGAAGAAUUCUGAGGACUCCAUCGUGGCCUCCAUGCGUCUGGCCUACAAGGAGCUGGAGAUCGACCGGAAGAUGGAGGACAAGAAGAUCCAGAACAUGGAGGGCAAGAAGAGGGAGCAGGCCGAGAGACUGGGCAUGGGCAUGGGCCACCGCAGCGCCAUGACUCACUCUGUGAUGUCGGAGAUGCAGGUGAUCGAACAGGAAACUCCUGUGGGGAUCAAGUCUUCCACACGCUCCAAACUGGACCUGUUUGACGAGCCGGGCUUCACAUCUGGUCCCCCUAAAUACAAGGACAACCCGUUUACCGUCGGAGACAGUUUUGGGUCCCGCUGGGACACUGAUGGAGGUGCAGCCUCCUUUGGCGCCUCCUGGGCUCUAGACAAAGAGGAGCCCAAAGAAGAGGUCACCAUUUCAAGCAUCCAGCCCAUAGGAGAGAGGCUCCCCAGCAGGAGGAAAGCGGAGGUGUCUGCGCCUGUGGCCGAGUCCAGCGAGGCUCGACAGAAGUUUGCCAACGCCAAGGCCAUCUCCUCAGACAUGUUCUUCGGCCGGGAGAGCAGUGCGGACUAUGAUACCAAGACAAGACUGGAGAGCAUGUCUGGAAACAGUGCCAUCAGCUCAGCUGACCUGUUUGGAGAGAACUCGGACCGCUCAGCAGGGGCAUCGAGCUUGGACAAUGUUCUUCCUUCUGGCCCGGACAUCGCACAGUUCAAACAGGGAGUAAAGACUGUGGCGGGCAAGAUGGCGGUCCUGGCCAAUGGUGUCAUGAAUACCAUCCAGGAUCGCUAUGGUUCUUAUUGAGGCAUGGAACGGAGUGACCCUCAUCUAUCUGACGAGAAAGAUCUAGUACAAGCGAGGGCAGAGCGUGAACCCGUCUCCUGAGUGACCCUGGCAUUCCCAACGGACGAGAUGGAUCCAGCCGACCGGUCUGUGUUUGAGGUGACGAGACAGCUGUGGAAAAGCGACAUCCUCGUUGAUUUCACUGUCUGAGGACAAUUAUCCGGAGAGAGGCAGUAUUGGUGUUUUCUCAGGCUCGCUUGUGGAAUCUUGAUUUCAAAAUGAGUUUGAGAUGAAAACUACUUUAUUUCAUUCACAAAAAUAUGGUGUUAAUUUUAUUGACAUGUGAUUACUUUUAUUUAGUCAUUGAAAUUGAGAAUUAUCCUUUUUGUUUUUCUAACUCAAGAAAAAAACAUGAGGUUCCAUUGCCACGUUUCUCCAGUAAACAUUUAUUUUGCUCUAGGCACAGACAGGCAAGAAGCUAACGGCGUGAAUAGACGUUGUCCCCUCCAUUGUCUGUUGUGUUGUGAGACACCACCUCAGGUUGUGUUUUACCUCAGUGUUUUCUCCCACUAACAGUGGAAGAUGUAUCCCAUCACCAAGAGGGACCAUCUCAAUUUGUUUAUAGGGUUUUAUUGAUGUUUGCGAUGAUCGUCUGAACAGCAUUGACUUUUGAGUGAGAUGUCUUUAUUUUAAGAUAACUAUUAACCUAGAUGUAUAUUUUUUUUCAAUCAUGUCCUCCUAUAAAGCGGCACCAUUGCUCAUCUGGGACAAAGCCAGCAGGUUGCGUCUUUCAAAAGAAAAGUUUGUCUACUGGUAAUUUCCACUUCUGUACUAAAAUAAGCAUACAGAAUUGUUUAAAGUAUAGCAUGAAUGCAAUGUGGAACUUUGUUUUUAAUAGGUUACCAGAUAAUAAACCUUUUAAGAUAUUCCUACAUUGCAAUCUCUUGGCAUUGUAUUCCAGGUAGACUUCAACACCCAAACUUUCCUGGCAAAGGAUCAAGGCUUAACAACCGUAACUUAAUUUUUUAAAAAAUUAGUCGAAAAUAUUAAACAAAAUUUACUUUAAUAAAGAUUACAUAAUUUACAAAAAAUCGUGUUUUCAUUGAAUUUGUUCCUUAAAACUGCCCACAUGCAGUGCCAUACCUGUGUGGAAAUUCAAAUGUUGAAGGAAGACAUUCAGCAUUAAGUCUGUUUAGUUAAUAUGCCCCUACAAAGAAGUUUGAAUCAUGAUCACCAGUAGAAGACAAUCAUACUGAAGGCUACAUUGCUUUACCCCUUUAUUCCUCAUGUCAUUUAUAACCACUGCUGUACACUAUCUGAGCAGAACGGGAUCAAGAUGAAUAUGGAAGGAAGUGACUAGUUGGGAUUUUGUGCACCUGCAGGGGUUAGGAAAAUGCAGAUCCUGUGCACGUUAAAUUUCCCCAGAUAGAUAAUGGCACAUUACACACAUCCUUAUACCUAAUUUUGUACUUUGCUUGACUGUUUGUGCUGCAAUUGUUGAUAUUUUGCUACUUGGACUAAACAUUUGCCUCAUCAAACCCGUGAUGUCAUUUUUUUAU